AUGGGGCUACAAGGAUACAAGCAUAGCUGGAAAGAAAAUCGAAGACAUGCUAACAGCAAUGAGGAUCCUGCUAGGUUUGCACUGCAAUGGAACCAGAACAACUCCUCACUUGCUCCUACCUUCAACCGACAUAAGCCUAUCUCCCUCACAAGCGCGCUGGCUAAACUUAUGAGUGAAAAAGCAGGUUUUAGGCCACAAAGAUCAACGAACAAACAAGAAGCCACUUUCUCCCAACACACCGAACAUGCCCUAGUUGCAAGAAAUACCCUUACGGCUGUUUUCGUUGAUUUCAAAUCAGCAUAUGACUUAGUAUGGAAAGAGAAGCUAAUUCUAAAAUUGGCAAAAAUUGGCAUUAAGCAUUACAUGCUAAACUGGAUUAAAGCAUUCAUAGGACAAAGAUCAUGUAUAGUCAGACAUGGAAAUGCUCUAUCAAAAUCCAAUCUUUUACAAACAGGUCUUCCACAGGGAGCUGUCACAAGCUGCACUCUUUUCAAUGUCUUCAUCAAUUACGUAGCCGAAUUGGUACAAACAGUCACGGGCAUCAAGUACUUACUUUAUGCAGAUGAUCAUGUUCCAUGGAAUUCCGCCCCUAAGAAAAACGCUAAGGAGAGGACAGAUAGUGCCAUAAUUGGUGUGGAAUGGUUAUCAACACCACGAAAACUGCAUUCCAAACCUAUUCUUUGGCCCGACACAGCAUAA